AUGGAAGACAAUCACAAAAACCACAAAACACUGUCGUUUUCAUUACCACCCGGUUGUCGAUUUUACCCUUCCGACGAACAACUCCUCCGCUACUACCUCACAAACAAGAACCGCACCAUUUCUAACGACACCGAUGAUCUCAACGGUUAUGAUCUGAUUAAGGAGUUGGAUUUGUACGAUUACGAGCCGUUUGAUUUACCUGAGAAUGCUUGCUAUGCUUAUGGUUAUAAAGCGAGGAAGAGGCACUGGUAUUGCUAUACGAAGAAGGAAGUUAGCGUUUUGAAGAGAAAGGCAAAAGGAGGGUAUUGGAGGAGAAGUGGUAGGGUUAGGGAUGUUGUGAUGGGUCCAGGUGGGAAGGUGGUUAUGGGGACAAGGACUAGGUUUGUUUUUUAUUUGGGGAAUUCCGUUAAGAGUGCAGUCAGGACUGAUUGGGUUCUGUAUGAGUAUGCUCUUGUUGAUCAUCUUAAGGCUUCGUUUGACCUAUGUCGGGUGUUUUUCAAGUCUCGUGGAGGAAAUAGCUUUUCAGAGAAUGUUUUAAGUUCUUGUGCUGAAGAAAGUGUUUCUGCUGUACGCAACAUUGGAACUCAGCAUGAUGGAUUCCUCACACCUGAUAUUGCUGAGGCUAAAGGGCAUAAUGACUAUUGUGUCAAUAUGAAAAAUGAUUUAUCAAGAUAUUCUGUGAGAUUAAGUCGAGAGCUUGAUGAUCAGGUUAGGAGGACAUCUGGGCUUUCUGGUGGUAACAUGUUUGUAGAUGCUGAAACUACUCAGCAGUUGCUAUCCAUUUUAGAGGGAGAUUUUAUAGAGUUGGAUGAUCUUGUGGAUUGA